AUGCAGCACAAGACUCACUCAGCCCUGAUUUCCCAGCCGGUGCCCCUCCUGGAUCCCGCGACCCAGGUGGCAGCCCCAGUGCAGAGCCUGAGCGCAAGGUGCCUCACAGCCCCGCCCUCCAGCGAGACCCGGGAGGGGACACCUGGAGGGAGACACGGCGCAGGGGCGGCAGCCCGGACCCCCAGCAACUGCGCCCUGGCAGCCCUGGUCCUGCCCUUAUCCUCCCCUGGUCGAGACGCACCGGGAGAACCAGGGCACGCCCUGCAACUGGCCCCGGCGUCGGGGUCGGCAGAGGAUGAAGGUGAAGGAGAACUUCCCACCCCCGCCUUUUUUUCUUUUGGGGAGAGAGAAUUGGAGAGAGGGACAGACAGACAGACAUUGGUUGUCUCUCCUAUGCACCCAGACCAAGGACCUCUCAUAUGCCUCCCCACCAAGGACCAGAUCCACAACCCAACGUUGUGUGUUGAGUGGGAAAUUGAGCCCAAGACCUUUGGGUUUACAGAUGAUGCUCCAGCUUGUGUUGGCCUACUGAACCAGCUGGACUUUUACCUAAAGGCCUCACCCCAAAUUUCCCUCCUUCCAUCUCAUCUUCAUUUUUGUCAGGGAGCAGCCCAGCACCCAGGUCCAUGCCCCUGGCCUUUCUCUGUUCUUGCUGUUUUUUGUGUUGGAGUCUCAACCUCUGUCUCACGUUACUCAAGUUGUUUCGGAAAGUCCGAUGGAUCCGAAGAAAACCCCUGGUGACGUCCAAGUUGAGUACCUGCACUCAGACUCAAGUAGGCAAUGAAGUGCCCCUGAGACUACCAUACAACAUUUUCUGUGUCGUAAACAACAGAAUCUGUGCAGAGAUACUGAGUACGCCAGUGAAAGAGAAGGUUGAAGUUUAUGAUGGACUACGUCUUUGGUGGAAAAACACUCCUCACUCCCUUCAGUGUCAGCACUGUAACCGAAGGCAGUCAGGGAGCCCUGGGAGUCUCCCACACUAGCCAGGAUGCUACAGAAGGAGGUUCUUACACUGGGUGCACCAAAAGCUAGAAAGAUGAAUGGACAGGGCCCCAAUGCACCAAAACCUAGCAAGGUGAAUGGGUUGGACCGGAGCACACCGAGGGCGAGCAAGAUGAUUGGAUAGGUUAAAAAGCCCUCCCUUCUCCUUCCUAUGAGAACCACAGGCUUGAGCAGGAAGGGGAGAUGGUCUUUUGGUGCAGGGAGUCCACCAUUCUCCCAGGUGGGCACCUAAAUAAACCUUUUUCCUUCUGCAUCAAUACCUGCCUCAUCAGUCUGUCUUUUCUUGCAGCAGCCGGCUGAGACUGCAUUUCGGUUACAGCAUCCACAAAUCAGCUUUGGAACCAUUUGGGAGUGUUCUUGGCUUUAGGGUCACCAUAACCCAUUUUAACCUGCUUUUUGGGGGGUUAGCUAUAUACAUAAACUAUUUUGUUUGUUAAUAGUUGUAUGUAAGGGCAAAGUAGUAUGGUUUAAACUGAAAUAACCAGAUUUCAGGGCACAUUGGAUACAUUUAAAAAAGGCAAAAGACAUAUAAUCUGAAGAGGAAUCAGAGUAUGAUACAUUUAGCAUUUUAACAUAAAUCUUAUCAUUUCAACCAUUUCAAGUGUACAGUCUAGCAGUACUGAGCACAUUCAUGCUGACGCGCUUCCAGCACUGCCAUCCAUCUCUAGGACUCUUCGUCUUAACAGACUGAAAUUCCGAACCUGUUAGACAAAGACUCCCAAUUUCUCUGGCCCUCCACCCUGUGGAAACUACAAUUCCACUUUCUGUUUCUAUGAAUAUGACCACUUUAGAUGCCCUAAAUAAACAACAUAGUAUAACUUAAGAGCUGGAAUGCCCACAGUUUUCAUAACAGUGUAUCGAUAUUUGAUACAUAAGCAACACAGUCUAUACAAAAUAAGUGGUUUAAUUUACACUGAAAUAUAUCUAAGAUACAAUGAAAUCAUAACAAAUGUAUCUUUGCGUGAAGAAGCACUCUAGUUUUCCAUCCAUCACUACAUUUGAAGCCAUAUACAAAAUAAUUCUGGACACCAUAAAAGACUGAAUUUUUCAAUGAUAUCUUUGAUUCUACUCUUUAGAAGAUACUGUGUUGGAUUAUCUCUUUUAAUAGACCUUGCAGUGUGGGGCCAUUUGGCUUUUUGUCUUGGUUAUAAAUCAUAGUAAAGGACACACUGAAUAUGGUAACCCACAUCUAAAUUAUGUAUUAGAAUCAUGGCUAUGGAAGAACUUACCUUUCCCUAAAACUGUACAAGUGCGUAUUAAAUAGUUGUUACGUGGUUUCUUUAGAAGAAUAGUUUAUAUUUUUACUUUAAAAUAUUACCUCCUAGAAAUAUUUCCAACUCAGUAUUCUCAUCUAAAAAUGUUUUUUGAAGUUUUUUAUGAUAAUGUUGCCUGUUUCUAUGCCAAGCAAAGAUGUAGAAGCCAUGGAUCAGCCUAAACACACACACACACACACACACAGCAUAUAUAGAAUAUACACAUAGUCUAUACAGUAUUUUAAAGUACAGGGGUCCGGCAGAAGUAACUUCUGCUUGAGUGUGGUUGGUCGAGUAAUAAUAUGGGUAUAAUAAUUUAUAAUUUGAACAUUUCACCUAAAAUGUCACAUGGUGUGCUUGAGUGUGAUAUUGUUAUGUUACAGAAUUACAUGCUUAUGACUUUGUAAUAAAAGAUUUUAUAAUAAGCCCUGGCUGGUGUAGCAUAGUGGAUUGAGCACGGGCCUGCGAAUCAAAGGAUCGCAGUUCGGUUCCCAGUCAGGGCACAUGCCUGGGUUGCAGGCCAGUUCCCAGCAGGGGACACAUGAGAGGCAACCAUACAUCGAUAUUUCUCUCCCUCUCUCCU